GCCGUUUGGGUUAGAGCAGGGAUCAUAUGUCAUCAUUUUCUUAAGUAACUCCUAACCCGAGGUGACAUCUUUACAUAGCCUAUUAAGCGGAUCACGGACGGAUCAUCGACAGAUAUAAGGAAAGUUGGAGAACGAUAAACUGACUUAACUGGAAUAAAGUGACUGGUCAGAGGGAUCAUAUGCUUUGCCAAACAUGCCACGACUCAUUGCAGUGACGGGUGCGACAGGCAACCAAGGCGGAUCUGUUGCGAAGCUUCUGCUUCAACAUCCCGGGGAAUACAGAGUACGAGCUAUUACUCGCGAUGCACUUUCAAGUUCAUCAAAAUAUUUGGCGGAUUUGGGAGCCGAAAUUGUGCAGGCCGAUUUAACAAAGCCAGAAACGUUGUCAGCCGCGGUGCAUGGUUGCUGGGGAGUUUUCGGCGUUACUAAUUUCUACGAUGCGAAAAUUAAGGAUGACCCAGGAAGCGAAGAAGUUCAAGGGAAAAAUCUGGUGAAGGCGUCAUAUGCCGCUGGCGUGCAAUGUUUUAUCUGGAGCUCGCUUCCAAGCUCUGCACAAAUCUCGGGAGGCCGAUUGGUCUCCAAGAUAUACGAAGGAAAACACCAUGUCGAUGCCUAUAUCAAGCAAAUCGGACUUCCUGCCAGUUUCCUCUAUACAGGCAAUUUCUACGAAAAUAUGGUCCUUCGCAAACACAUCACCUAUAACAGGUCCAAAGACGUCGUUGAAUUUCGCCACACGGUUAUCAAGAGAGAUACCAAAUUAACCAUGUUGUAUGUCGAGAAGGAUCUAUCAGCCACAGUGAAAGGCAUUUUCGACCAGUGGGAUUCGAAAAAGAAUGAACUGAAUCAUAAGAUCCUUUAUUGCACUGACGCACGUGUCUCAGCCGGGGAUAUUAUUGAAUGCAUUGAGCGAGUGACCGGUAAAAAAUGCACUUGGGAGUCAUUGCCGACGACAGGCGUUCCUGAUCGGGACAUUAUGUAUCAACUGUAUAACGAGAUAGGAAUGUAUGGGAAUAAGGAACUGCCUGAUGAGAAUAUCGUAGCCCUAGGGGUAAAGAUGCAUGGUAUCGAGGAUUUUGUACGAGAACGCUUAGUUCCUUAUCUGGGUCUUUAAAAUCUGAGAGGGGACUAUGUCGACUUUGGGUAAAUCCACUAGGGAGAGAGUUGAUUAAG